AUGUUUUUUGACGCAUGGAGAGAGACAAAUCCAGACAUCCUACCCCCAUCAACACCAGGGAUGGGAAUGCACAAAUUAGGAGAGGCCCUACCGCCUACUCCGCAAAAGAGAACGAUUGCCUUCGCCAGAGUUGAGGACAACAACACAGAAUGGGAAAGGCGAUUCCUGCAAAGAGACGCAGAAGUUGCAGGCUUGCGGAGAAGGCUCACAAUGCAGCAGCAGCAGCAGCAGCAACAGACGGGCCGGCCUACUGAACACAAAGCCAGCUACAGAAAAACCACAUUGGCCAAGCCUGAGCCAUAUGAUGGCAAUAAAAAGAAGUUCCGGAACUUCUUUGAAUCGCUACAGCUUCAUUUUGGAGCAAACCCAGAAUACUUCCGGAUAGAGGUCAAUAAAAUCAAUUUUGCCCUAUCCUAUAUGACAAGUGGAGCGGCGGCAGCACUUAGAACAGAAUGGGUGGAAAGAAAGAUGCUGGCAGACAAAAGGACAGACAUUGAAGAAAUAGAACAAUUGGAAAGCUGGGCUCAUUUUGAGUCCAUGCUAAAAGACCAUUUCCAAGAUGUGUUUGAAGAAGAAAGAAGCAAGUACAAAAUCAUGUACUUAAAACAAGGUGCUCUCACUGCGCAAGAGUAUUUUGUAAAAUUCGAAGCAACCAGACGACACACAGGAUACAAUGUGAAAGGGAAUGAACAAUUCCUGAUCACAUUGAUCAGAAACAAUAUCAAUGCUCUGUUGAUAAAACAAAUCAUCUACUCAGGAAACAUCCCGGAAACAUACACUGAAUGGAAGACAAGGAUCAUCACCAAUGAUCAAUUAUGGCAAGAUCAAGCAGAGAACAAGCGGAUGAUGAAGGGUAUGGCCAGUGGCAGCUCUGGUUCCGGAAACUGGGGACCCAAUGGUCGGUACCAAGGAGAGGGUGCUUCGGAGAAGAAGGCCGAGACAGUGGAAGAUAAGAAAGACGGGACUGGAACCACCUAUGGUGGAGCCGGUCAAAGAAUGGAAGUUGACAAAGCGAAGUACCAAGCAGAAGGCAGGUGCUUCAAAUAUGGAGAAAAGGGGCACAGAGCCCAAGACCAUAAAGAAGGAGGCAGUGCAGCUGCAAAGCCAAAGUUCAACCUUCAAGCUAUGUUAGAAGGAAUGAUGAAAGAAGAGCAGGACAAACUGCUCAAGGAUUUUUAA